UUAUUUCAAAAAACAAGAAAAAAAAAAAUCAGGAAGCUUAAUUUCAGAGAAAAUUGAAUACUGCCCAAAUGAGAUUUAUUCUCCUGAAAAUUUGCUCAUCGUUUCAGAACUUGUAAUUAUAAGAAGGGAAAACCUGUCCAUAAAAACUUGGAAACAGUAUUCAUUCUUGUCUCUAUCUGCUGGUCGUUGAGCGUGUAUCAUCAUUACUUGCAACACCCAAACACCCAACGGGAGAGAUUCUGCAGACCUAGAGAUUCUGCACACCUCUGUAGAUAUACUGGUGCGAAACUCACAAAGCUCCUGUAAAGCUCGAAUCUUGUCAUAUCUACAUCUUCCAGGAUUCGAAGAAGAAGAAAAGAAAAGAGUUGGCCGAUCAAGAGCAUAGAGAUUCAUUCUUCUUCUUGCUCCUUCCUUUAGAGCUUCCUCGCCACAUAUGGCACUCGAUUACAAAGGUGAAUAAUUGCAAAGGCAGAAACAAUCCUUACAUUGUACAUAGAAACAUAAUCACAAGGUUUUCAGGUUUUAUAUGCUAAGAUGCAUGGAUUCUCCACUGUUGAUGGCUUUUUGGAGAUAACUGAGUGCUUGGCAGAGAUGAUCAACUACGUGGCAAAUGAACCGUCUGUAGGGCUUUUCUAUGUUCAGCAGCACACACAAAAUGCAGUUCCCAAUGUAAUUAAUCUCAAAAAUAAUAUUAAAGAGAAGACACAUGAAACAAUUUUGCAUACUGAAGACUUAGAAGAUUCUAUCGCCGUGGUGAGGUCAAUGAAAGAUUGUGGUUUCCCCAUUGCUGAUGAGAUGAUUAGAGACAUCAGGGCAUCUCUAGCUUUGAUGUCAGAAAGACAACCAAGAAGAGGAUUACUUCAUAGCGCAACUUCAGGUUUUCAAAUAGGAAGAACUAGGUCAUGGGGACCGUCCACUUGGGGUCAUAACAGAAUCGAGCAGGAAAGCAGAAGAACUAGUAAUUAUCUUUCAUCUGUAUUUAAGACUGCAAAAGAAACGGCAAGCAAUUUCAAGUGGCCACAGUUUGAGCCGAAAGAUUCAAUGCCAACUGCAGCUGAGAAACUACAAUCUCAUAAUAAUUCAUCUGAGUUGGUUGCAUCUGCCAGCACUAGUUCAUCUUUGCCUGAUAUGGAAUCUGAUGAACAAGCAGAUUCAAUGCCUUUGCCUAGUCAGGCUGCUGAUGAUCUACAAGCAGAAGAUGAACAAGUUGAGAUGAACUUGCUGCCUCCCAAAGUAAUGUCCCUGUUGGAAAACUAUGAUGAGUUCAAGGCUGAUAAGGAAGCCAAACUGGAGGAGUGGUUGGGGGAGACUGGUGAAAUCCAAGAUAAAUUGCAAGAGGACAAGUGAUGGGGAUUCGAGGGUGUUUUCUUUAAAUUCUUUCUUCUUUAUGAUUUUUCUUCUUCCUAAAGAAACGAUUUAGAUGCUGAGGAAGUUUUUCACUUGUAAAAUCUGUUGUUUGUAAUAUACUGAUGCCUGGAUGAUGAUUAUAUGUAUUUGAUUCAUCACAAUAAAAUUUUCUGAUGAGCAGCUUUUGUUGGUUCUGCAGAA